CUCCUUGCAAUUUAGUGAUAAAAAACACAGUGAAUAUACCUUUUCACUUUUUGAAGUACACAUAACACUCGGAUUUAAAUCCGAGGUUUUCGCAUUUAUUUAUACAAUAGAAUCAUCUUAUUUUUCGUUUUUUAAUAUCUUCAAUUGAAAGUCUUGAAAACUAGUUAUAGGUUUUCAUGUAAAUAUGCCAAUUUUUUGAGAUAUUAAAUGAAUUUGAAACAAUUUUUAUUUGUAUUCAACACGUCAUUUAUCGAAAGAUUUUCCUGUACUGCUGUAUAAAGAAGUUUAUUGUGAUAUUGAAUGAUAACAUUUUUUAAAUAUUUCAAUUAAUCAUCGUAUCACAGUUAAUUUAGUUUAUUUUCUCUGAUUGAUAUUCAUUGGAAUGUAGAUUAAAACAAAAAGAAGAUUUUUCAUAUUCUAUUUCAGAAAUGGAAUAAGCCGGUAGAGUGCGACUUCAACAGAGUUAUUAUUACUUGUUCUUUGUUUAAAUUUUACAUAUGAAAUAUUAAGGUAAACAUACAUUUAAUCCAUAUUAAUUUUGAGCUAAAGUUAAUCAUUCAAAAUAAACUAUUUGUUUCUUUUUAGUUACCUGCAAUCAAUCCAAAUGCUGAAUUCAUUUUACCAUCAUGUUCAAUAAGUCAACAAAAAUCAAAGCAUAUUUAAUGUCAAACAUAACAGUAAAAUUUGAUGCAAGUCUUCAUAUUGAUGAAAAUAGUAACAAGUGGUAAAGAUCUGACAAAUGAUAAACAAAGUGAAAGGUGGGGUGAUACUGAAAUUGAAUUAUCCCCUGAUCUUGUAUGUUUUUAUUCAAAUAUGUUCACGUUCACGUACAGCUUUUACAACACUUUCAUCAUUACUAUCAUUAGAUACAUAUUCAGUAAGAUAUUCGUUUAUAUUUAUUUGUUUAUUUAAUAAAUAUUUUUGAAAUGUUUAUUUUAAUUAUUUAGGUGUGAUGUACAUUCACCAGAAUUAUUUUAUCCAGCAGUUGGAUUGAAACCAGAAGAAUUACUUGGACGUCUUCAAAUCGAACAUCGUUUAGCAAAAAAUGAAAAAUUUCAAGAUUAA